AGUGUUUAAGCGAUUCUUUUUUCUAUAAAAGCUUUGCUUCGUGAAUUCUAUUUUAAUAUACAGAUUUCCAUACAGGGAAGCAUAAAGUAUUCACUGAAAGUGUACAAGAUUCAACAGGCCUACAGAGUCAUGAAACGCAGCUCAGAAACACGUGAAGCACACUUAUAAACUAAAUAACAAGAUACAAAGAAGAUCAACUUUACACAGCGCGAAAGAGAAACAGUUCGGGGAUAAUAUCUGUACCUUAGAACAUUUGGGCAACUGCAAAAGUCCAGCUGAUAGAAGAUAGGGAAUACAUACCCGAAGUCUUAACAUAUUGUAGGAACAAACUAUGGAAAAAAUGGAACCGAGAAUGAAAUCACCUGCAGUUGCAGCCGAAACUACAGCUACUGUGCCGAGAGUUGUACCAAAGGAGCUUAUUUCUACAAGAAAACAGGAAUUAAAAAGUGCUGGCGGAGCAGAAGACGAAGAUGGCUCGGUUCGGAAGUGCAUAAAUCCGAAAUAUGCAUCUUCAGCAAACGAUACAAAACUGAAUUUGGACACAAAACAGAUCCAUAAAGAUGAGAUACAGAAUCAGGACAAAGGAUUAUACAACUUGGGCGGAUCUGAUGGCGAAGACGCUACAGGUAAUAUUUUGAUAUUUUCCUCAGAAGAGCAAUAUCAGAAAAUUAAACUUACCUGA